AUGAAGUUUGGCCAAAGCGUUUGCAUCUUAAACGUGGGCGGCACGCGGUACGCUUUCCCCAUGGAUGUGCUGAAGGACUUCCCUCUGAGGAGAGUGAGCCGCCUGCACAGCUGCGCGUCGGAGCGAGAGGUGCUCGAAGUGUGCGACGACUACGAUCGGGAGCGCAACGAGUUCUUCUUCGACCGGCACGCUGAGGCAUUCGGCUUCCUCAUGCUCUACGUGAAGCACGGCAAACUGCGCCUAGUGCCACGCAUGUGCGAGCUCUCCUUCUACAACGAGAUGAUCUACUGGGGUUUGGAAAGCUCACACCUGGAACUGUGCUGCCAGCGUCGUCUGGACGACCGCAUGUCCGACACAUGCACGCACUUCACCGAGGAGGAGCGCCACGUCGAAGACAGAGAUGACCAAAAGGAGCAAGAGCAGCUGAGGCGGCGAGGCACUGGCCGCGUAAAAGACGCCAAGUGGCUCGAGAGCAUGCGCAGGACCUUCGAGGAGCCCGCGUCCUCAGUGGCCGCGCAGAUCCUCGCUUCCGUCUCCGUCCUCUUCGUCAUUGUCUCCAUGGUGCUCCUGUGCGCGAGCACUCUGCCCGACUGGAAAACUGCCGAAAGUAACAUGGUGGAGGAGCACAGGUACACAGAGUCUAUAGACCAUCCGGCCGGGAUCAUCGAGGCGGUGUGCAUUGGCUGGUUCACAGCAGAGUGCAUUGUGCGUUUCCUUGUGUCACGUGACAAGUGUGAGUUUGUGCGACGUCCACUGAAUAUCAUUGACCUGCUGGCCAUAACGCCUUACUACAUCUCCGUGACCAUGACAGUCCUGACUGGAGAGAACUCACAGUUGCAGCGGGCUGGCGUGACACUGCGUGUGCUGCGCAUGAUGCGCAUCUUCUGGGUGAUCAAGCUGGCUCGCCACUUUCUGGGCCUGCAGACGCUGGGCCUAACACUGCGCCGCUGCUACCGUGAGAUGGUCAUGCUACUGGUGUUCAUCUGCGUGGCCAUGGCAAUUUUUGGGGCCCUGGCCCAGCUGCUUGAGCAUGGGCUUGACCUGAAAUCCAGCAAUGAGGAGUAUGCCAGCAUCCCUGCCGCCUGCUGGUGGGUUAUUAUCUCCAUGACGACUGUCGGCUAUGGAGACAUGUACCCCAUCACCGUGCCAGGGCGUGUGUUAGGAGGCAUUUGUGUGGUGAGUGGCAUAGUGCUGCUGGCACUGCCCAUUACUUUUAUCUACCACAGCUUCGUGCAGUGCUACCAUGAGCUCAAGUUCCGCUCCGCUCGCUGUACCAGGAGCCUCUCGGCUGAGUUCCUCAACUGACUUUGUCUCUUUCAGACCUUAGUGUGGACCUGUUUCUUAUCACUGUUUCAAUUAUAGAUUCAGUUGGUCCUCGGCUCACUGAAUGAUCCAACUCAGUCAAAUAUCUGGUCUCAGGUAGAGCUUAGGGGCUUGGUCUUAAAAGAGCUUACAUGUGCAUAGCCCAUCUGGUACUCAACUCAGUCCACUGAGGAGCUCAGUAUCUACAGGGAUUCGUUCCAGCCCUGCUCCACAUAAACUGAUUUCACUAGAAACAAAGACUGGAACCCAUUCAGUCGGUUCAAGUGUUGUGGUGCACAGUUGGAACAAAUACUGUGGACUCUGUGUCCCUCCAUGGUCUAGGUUGAGAUUCCAUGGUUUACCCAAUCCACCUCUGAUACACAAAUUUUCCGGAAGCCAGAAUUCACUCAGCUGUGCUGUUUUUACCAUAACGACAGUUACUGCACUUCCAUAGUCGUGGGCAAGGCUACCAUGGAAACAUUGGCUUUCAGGCCAGAUAUCCAAGUCAGGAGCAAGCUACUGAAACUGCUGGUGGGCAGCUUUGACUUGUCUACCAGUGACCACAAGCACACUCGAGACGGGCUAAAAAGCUUCAUCCCCACAGCCAGACAAACAUGCACUUCGUCCACUAGCCAUGGUAUACAUCCACUGAAUGAUUUUAGCUCCUGAAUAUCAUCUAGACAUCCUACGGUUUUGGCAAACAUACAGGGAAAAAAAAUAAAAAAUUAAACUCAUUUCACUGAGUUCUUUUUAUUAUAACGGCAUUGUUUGUAUAAAAACAAGUUCCCAGAACUCAGCUAUAUAAGCAUUACAGGGUGAAAUGUGCAAACACUCAUUGAAAUUAUUGUGUAAAAUCCAAUGAUGUGUGACACAAAAUCUGCAGGGAUAUUGGAAAACCAAUAGCGAGAGAGGGAGAGAAAUAGACAGAGAGCAGUAGAGAGUACAGAUGCUUAGCUGGGUAGGCAACUGUGGAGCAUUGUCAAAUAUGUCAAAUGGAACACAGUGAGCUACUGAGUGAGAAGACUGAUAGAUGGUUUGCUUGGCCAUGCAAUACAUAUAAAGUUCACCCAAUUCACUUCCCUUGUAUCUCAAUAUGUCUUUACACUCCAACUUGAACAGUGAAGAGCUUUGAGUAUUGUGCUACACUAUGACAAAAACUGGUUUUCCUAGAAAGCCCUCUAUAGGGUUUAAGAAUUAUCUUAAAACCUAGCUGCCUCUAGGUACAAUCCUCUUGUCAUAAAUUAAUUGGAUUCAAGGAGUUUGCUGAGAAAAAGUUGUUACAGGUAAUACCAAAUGUGAAUACAAAUAAUGAUAAGAAAAAUGCUAAUGCAGACUAGAAUAAUAACAAACUAAUGGACAUGACAUAAAUGUUAGAUGGAUAAGCAUUCUGUUUCCUUUAUCUAUUCAUUGGCUUUUUUAUUUAGAUUUGAAACUUCAUCUUAUGUACAUUUUCAGACAAAUUGGGCAGAUUUUCAUUCAUGGGAAAAAUGAUCCUGCUCAGAGUAAAAGAAAAAAUAUACUGACCAAAUUCCACGUAAAUCGUUGCUUAUGCUACGGACUCUAGCUAUUCAUAUCACAUGCACGUCUCCUUUUAAAGCAAGGUGAGGUGUAAUAACACACCCAAGAAACAGGUGAAAAAAACAGCUUUGACUUACUAAAGAUCACACUCUAAAAAAAACGAAGUGAACAUCACAAAUUCCAGCCAUUUUUCCUAUAACUGGGUGAUACCCCUCCCUGCUAAUGCUGUUAUUGUCACUAAUGAGCAUCUUCAUUCAUUUGCUGUCAUCUCAGUGCUUUCCCCUUGAGAAACUGAUGUCUUGACUGGAAGACGAUCCAUUCUGAGGGCCAUAAAAAGAAUGAAGAUGUGUCUGAUGUGCCUGAUGUGCUAUAUCUUCCUUUUUGAUAAUUAAGCUUCAUGUCACAGGGGAGGUCUGCUUUCACGGUUCUCUUUUUUUGCCUGACCCUGUUUUUGCUGCCUCUCUCUCUUUGAGAGUCAUUUCUGUAUAAACACAGAUGAUAAAUCUAAAGAAAUGAGUGUGUAAAUCCAAAUUUCUGAAAGUCAUGAUGAAAGACUUUAAUCCCAAUACCUCUUAAAGGCCAGUUCAAUUUAUAUGGCAAACAUAAUUCUCAUUUACUGUAUAUGUUAUGUAAACCAAACCCUAAAUAAAACCUCAGGUUUUCACUGAAAAUGAACAUCAAUUAGAGUGCCAAAGGUUGUUUAGAGAAAAGCCCUCUUAAGCCAUGAGAUUUUAUAAAGAUGAUCAUUUAAUUAGAACCCCAACUGCAAAAAAGUUGGGAUGCUGUGUAAAAUGUAAAUAAAUGUAAAUAAAAAUAAUGCAAUGAUUUGCAAACCUCAUAAACCCAUAUGUUAUUCAUAGUAAAAGGUAGAGAACCUAUCAAAUGUUUAAACUGAGGAAAUUUACAAUUUUAAUGAAAAAAAUAAGGUAAUUUUGAAUUUGAUGGCCACAACAUGUCUUAAAA